CAUUUCAAUUAUCAUAAUUGAUCUAUAGGCUAGAAGAGGAGACUUCAGCUUCAUCUCUCUCCAUGAAGAGAGAAUUGGGAACAAUGCAUAGGUCAAGAUCUUCAAGAGCUGGAGUGGGAAGAAGAAGACACUGGCAAUGGCAAUGGCAGUUGAGAUUUCCUUCACGGAACCUCAUCAUUCUCAGUCUCGUCAUUCUAGCACUUCUACCUCCGAUCCUCUUCCAUUUCCGCCUCCGUCGCUUCCACCAGAUGCAGCUUCGCCGCUGCGGUUGGCUUACUCAUCCCCCUCUCAUCUGUGCGCACGGCGGCGAUUCAUCUAAGGCCUCCGCCAACACCAUGGCUGCGUAUCUCCAUGCUCUUCGUGCUCGAGUGGACUGUAUCGAGAUUGAUGUCUCUCGUUCUUCAGAUGGAGUUUUGUUUGCUCUCCAUGACAGGGAUCUGCAGCGGUUGUCUGGAAACACUAGUGCUAAAGUUGGUCACAUGAGCUCCAAAGAGAUAAGAGAGCUUAGUGCUUCUGGUCAGUCAAUUGAGAAGAUUAAGGAUGAAAGUAUACCCACAAUUCAAGAUGCUCUGAUGUUGACUGCAAAUGCAGUACGACAGAUAGUCCUAGAUAUUAAAGUUGGACCCCCAUUUUAUGAGAAAGGACUUGCUGAAGACAUUCUUUCUAUUGUGGAGAAGACAGAGUGCAGAAACUGCCUCGUAUGGGCUAAAAGUGACAAUUUAGCAAGGGAUGUAAUUAAGCUCUCGUCAGAAAUUUCGGUUGGCUACAUUGUUAUGAGGGAGCCUUCCACUGGGGCGAGAACAAAAUUGUUGCGGAUUAAAGGCGCUGAGGUUGUUGGUGUCUACCACCCAUUGAUUGAUGAAAAGCUUAUGAGGGUUUUGCGCAGAAGGAAUAAAAGGGUGUAUGCCUGGACUGUUGAUGAUGCGGAAUCCAUGCAAAAGAUGUUGUUUGAGCAUGUUGAUGCUAUUGUUACGGGCGACCCAACUUUACUUCAGCGCCUAAUGCAAGAUACCAGAACACAAUGUCUCGAAGAAGGUUAUUCAUUAACCCACUGACAUUUAUUUCAAGAGGGUGAGCUCUGUUUCAAAGAUGGCCUCUGUAUGUUUGUGACUUGUGAAUUGUGAAAUUCAAAACUGUAAUCCAUUCUGUAAACUCCAUCCUUUCCUCAGUUGCAAAUUGAUGUUAAGCAGGAAAAAACCAAAGAAUAUCGUGCAGGCCUUAGAUUUUGCCUUUGGGGGUAUUUAAUGGGCCCAGUUGUUUUUUAAUCAAUUUUUGGGUGUAUUAAAAAUUAGACAAUGACACAUAAUAUUUACACAUGUUUCAAAA